AUGUCCCAAGAAACGAAGAGAAAGCGAAAACGAGACAACAAUGCAUCCGUUUUGAAAGUCAUUUUUUUGGACAUUGAUGGAGUGUUGUUGCCCUUUCCCCAGAAGGGACCUCCCAAGGGAACACUGUUUCCGACCAAUACCAUAAAAGCGCUGGAUCGCUUAUUGAAGGCUACGCAGGCAAGUCUAGUCUUGAGUUCCACUUGGAGAGCACUGGAUCGAUUCGUCCAAGACAUUUUGGAUGACUUUCAGAAACAUGGACUUGGAGUCACAGCAUUCCAUGACAUGACUGAUAAACACUACCAUGCGGAACGGCAGUGGGAAAUUCACCGAUGGCUAUCACAAAAUGAAGGCGUCAAUAAAUUGUACUGGUUGGUCUUGGACGAUGAAGAACUGAUUAAAGGAGAAGAAAAUGAAAAGUUGGCUUCUACAUUCCAGGGACAUGUCGUCAAGCCGAUAAGUUCCGUUGGAUUGACCGAAGAAGAUGUCGAUCGCGGGAUUCAAUUAUGGCAAGAGCAGCUUGCGUCGAAAUGA